AUGGACGAGAACGAGGGGAGGGGGGAGAAAGAAGGAACGGGACAGAAAGAGGGGGAGGGGGAGAAAGAGAGGAGGAAGGAGGAGAAGGAGGAGGAGGAGGAGGAGGAGGAGGAGGAGGAGGAGGAGGAGGAGGAGGAGGAGGAGGAGGAGGAGGAGGAGGAGGAGGAGGAGGAGGAGGAGGAGGAGAAGAGGCUCAAAAUAGCACUGGGAGUAGCCCAGGGCAUACGUUACUUGCAUGAGGACUCUUCCCCUUCUAUCAUCCACCGGGACUUGAAAUCAGCAAAUGUGCUGAUAGAUAGAGACUUGGUGCCUAAGAUCGCUGAUUUCGGGCUGGCUAGGACAGUGGUGGUUCGGCAGGAGAAGGAGUUGGGUAUUUCUGUCGUAGAAGAGAGGGGAGAAGGCAGGAAAAGGGGUGCGGGGAGUGGGAGCGUGGAGGGGGAGGAGGAAGGCAGGGAGAGGGAGGGAGAAGAGUCGGGGAAAGGAGAUUGGCUAAAUCAAGAGGAGAGCGGAGAGGGUGAGAGAGGAUGGUUGAUGGGAAGGCGAGGGGGAGGCGUGGCCGAGCGGAGGGAACUGGUAUCAGAGCAGAUGGUCUAUCAGAAUAAAAUGGUAUCAGCACAAAUGGUAUCGGGACAUUUGGUGGGCACGUUCGGUUACAUGGCUCCAGAAUACACACUCACGGGGAGUUUCAGUCUCAAGAGUGAUGUAUAUAGCUUCGGUGUUAUCCUCCUGGAGCUUCUCACCGGACGUAAACCUGUGGUCCGAACCGAGCCUGGAGGUGUGGAGAGCCUCGUGCAGUGGGCCAGGCCGCUGCUUGCCGAGCCUAGGCUGCAGGUUCGGCAGCUCGCCGACCCGUUGCUGGAGGGGAGGUUCGAUGAGGGGAGUCUGGUUCGGGUGGUUUCCGUGGCUGGGAUGUGUGUUGCUGCUGAUGUUGCUAAACGGCCGGCCAUGAGUCAAGUAGUGGAGCCUCCCCACCAUUCACUUCCUCUUCUCUCCUCAACACUCCCUUCUUCCCCGUACCCACGUCUCACCAGCCUCUUCCAAUCCGUUUUCCGUUAUCUCCCUUUCUGCCUGCCCUGCCCCUCUUCCCUCUCUCACUCCCCUUCUCACUCCUCCUCCCUCGCCUCUCCCCACCACACACCCAGACGCCACCAUCCAUCCUUCCCACCGCCCCACUACCCCUCCCCAGAUAUACCUUCCCCAGCUGCCGCCUCCCCUGCUUCCUACUUAUCAGCAGAGGAGGGGUUUGAAAACCCGGGUGGAGGGGAGAGUAUGAGGGGGCCUGAAGGGAGUGGGGCAGGAGGGAUAGGGUUUUCCCUUCUCCCGCCUGUGCCAGAGGCAGAACGAGCGGCCAUGCCGAGACUUCUGAGGAUGACAGUUCAAGGGCUGGACUACAGGUGA